GUGGAGGAACUGUCUCCUUUUGUCCAGUCUCUCGCGAAGUGCCCCAAACACGGCCUCCACAAUCCUUUGAAAAAUCCCAGCCGCUAUUUGCUGUACGGCCGCAUCUGUGCUGCUGCUGCAGCGGCACUGCAGCAGCAGCAAGUCUUCAGCUUCUUCACCAAGUGCAUCCAGCUCACUAUGCCCAAGUCCCAGCAACAAGCUGAGGGGGAAGUGAAGGUGCUGCGGUCCUUCUUUGAAAACUUCAGCGGAGACAAUGUCAGGUUCGCCUUGAAGGGACACUUCGUAGCUGGAGACCGUGAAGGGCAGCAGACACAGUCCUACAGAUGGCCUUACGGGCCUGUGGCCAUAAUUUCCCCUUUCAAUUUCCCGCUGGAGAUUCCUGUCAUGCAGAUGAUGGGCGCUCUCUUUGCUGGGAACAAGCCCGUGGUGAAGGCCGAGUCCAGACAGGGACUGCCUUUGGAGCAAUUCUUCCGGUUUUUGCACUACUGCGGCAUGCCGUUGGAAGACGCGGACUUAAUCAGCGCGAGGGGCCCUGUGAUGUCGGAGCUUUUGCGGCGAAGCCCCAUCAGGCUUCUCCAGUUCACAGGCAGCACCUCGGUGGCGCGGGAGCUGUCGCUGCUGCUGCAGGGCCGCGUGCGAAUAGAAGACGGGGGUUUUAAUUUUAAGGUUUUGGGAAAAGACAUAAACCCUAGCGAGCAGCAAACCCUCGCCUACGUGGCUUGGCAGGCCGACGAGGACGCCUACGCGCUCUCCGGGCAAAAGUGCUCAGCACAGUCGCUGCUGUUCGUGCACCGCAACUGGGUUGCUGCGGGGCUGCUUGAGCUUCUUGCUGCUGCUGCUGCUCGCCGUUCUCUCCAGACCCUCACAAUUUGCCCCUUGUUGUCUCUAAACAACCAGCAAAUGCACCGCCACGUGCAGGCGCUGCUGUCCCUGAAGGGCGCCUGCUUGCUAUUCGGCGGCUACCCGCUGCAGCAGCAGCAGCAGCAGCAGCAGCAGCACUCAGUGCCCCCGCAGUUCGGGCUCUACGCCCCCACUGCCGUUUUGCUGCCGCUGCAAACCCUCGCCUUCGACGCCGCGGCCCGGAAAGUGGCACUUCAGGAGGUUUUUGGGCCACUACAG